UAGUAAACAUCUGGAAAAUUGCACACCUGAGAUAUCUGGCAACGUUUCCAUUUUCAUACAUUUUUUUAGUUUAAAAGUUUUGAAUCAACGCAAAUGGUGGCAAAAACAGUUGUUACCGAAAAAAGUGACGGCCAAGAGUUGGAGAAAUUAAAUAAAGCCGAGACCGGAAAUGAUCAGCCGGAAACAAGAGGCGUCGGUGCGGUAGAUGUUAGCACAACAUCGCCGGCAAAAAGUGAUAAUGGUGGGGGAGGGCGCAAGCGAAAGCGCCAUCUAUUUAAUUCCAUACGGGCACAAAUGGAAUUUUACUUUGGCGAUGCGAAUCUGAGCAAGGAUCGCUUCCUGCGUCGCUAUGUGGAGCAGGAUCCUUAUGUGCCGCUUGAUAUAUUUUUAACGUUUAACAAAAUAAAGACGCUCACCCAGGAUGUGCAGCAAAUCUCGAGAUCGUUGUCCAACUCGCAGCUGUUGGAGCUGGACGAGAGUGGCCUGAAAGUGCGUCGGAAGACAGCGCUGCCGGUGCAGCGGGAUGUCAACGAUAAGACGCUGUACGUGGAGGCGUUGCCGCGUACGGCAACACAUGAUUGGCUCAAGGAGGUGUUCAGUCGGUAUGGUGCUGUGGCAUAUGUGUCACUGCCGCAUUAUCCGGGCACCCGAAAGAUCAAGGAGUUUGCCUUCAUUGAGUUUGAGCAGAGCGCAUCCGUGGAGAAGGCUGUCAAAGCAUUUGCCCAAGUUCAGGGCGUGCUAUCGAUGGAGCACACAGAUCCCGCCGACUUGGCCAGCAUACGUUCGUUCCAGCAACAGCAGAAGGUUGCCGGCAACGCGGAUGUCCAAGAAGCAAGCGUCGAAUCAACAGUGACAUCCAAGCAGGCCAUCAAGCGUGAAGGCGACAAGGAGGAUGCACAGGAAACUGUGGCAGCUAAACGUGUCAAGUUGGAGCAGGCGCAGGAUCAAAGCGAAACAGGAUCCGGCAUUGAAACGACCGAUGCUGAAAUCUCGCAGCAAAGCGAGACAGAUGAUCACAACGAUGACAGCAAAGAGGCGUCCAAACAACAAAAGCGCCGACGCAAGCAAAAGAAGAGGAUCGUUGUGGACAAGCACAAGCCGAACAUAGAACCCAGCGCCAUUGAUCUGAAGGUGUUGCCAAAAAGCAGCUGGUGCAGCAUGCGGAACAAGUAUCUCAAUCUGCAGCGUCGCAUCAUCAGUGAGGCAAAGAGCAAAUUGUGGCGCAACUCACAGACAGACAGACAGCAGCCGGCACUCAAGAGCACAACGAUGCAAUCCCAGUUGCAGGCACAGCAACAGCAGCUGGUCGAGUCGAAGGGCAAGGGCAGCUGCAACAGUGGCCCUGGCAGCGGUCACGAGGAAACCGAACCGCACAGCGAUGCCGGCGACACGGCGGAGGUGGCGGUGCCACCGAAACGUCGCAAGCGCAACAAGAACGCGGGCGUCCACAAAAUGAAUAUGAAUUUCUAUGGCGCUGGUGGCAGCGAAGCCGACGAUACCAAGAUGCCCGUGCGGGCCGAGGAUGCGGCACAGGAACGUUCGCCGCUCUUUAAAUACGAACCCGGCUUGAUUGUGGAGUGUGCUCUGCACGAGCCAUGCGCCAAUGUAAAGGAUUUCAAGGCGGACAUGCGUCAAUACACGGAAAUCAAAUAUGUGGACAUCAAGGAGGGCGACCAAGUGGCACAUCUGCGAAUGUCCACGCCCAACGCGGCCGACGAGCUCACCCGCCAGCUGACCUGUGCUGAAAUGCAACUCAAGGUGCUGCGCGGUCAGUCCGAGACUCAAUAUUGGCGCAAAAUCGAACAGGAUCGGGAGGCGAAGCUAACCAAAAAGGUUCGCGUCCAACAGAAGCGUGGACGUGAAAAGGUUGCCAAACUGUUGGCCAAACACAUCAAGUUCGACGAUGCCGACGAUGAGGUGGCAGCUCCUGGUGGCGCCACCAACGAACCCAUUCAUCAUCCAUCCAUCAUCAGCAUUCCAGCUGAUGUCUAACCCGGAGUCUACCAAACUGUACAAAGAACUUAACUUAUGAUUGUAAAUUUGCUUCAAUUCGAAGAAUCCAAACUGGAACUGAAAUUAUGCCGAAAUAUGAUAAUUGUAAAAUUGAUUAAAAUGGAGACUAAGAACUCGGUCCCUCCUCCUCCUUCCCUCCCAAUACAAUUUAUUGUAAUACAAUUAUUCAAUGUAUUAUCAAUGUAUUUUAUCAUUAAUUGUA